CGUCGUCUAACGUGAAGGAAAGGAGCGCCGCGAUCAUGAGGACUCUGGUGGCCGUCGCUUUCGUUCUCUGCCUCGCCGUCUCGACUGUCUUCGCUGGUGGUUUCGGCGGAGGAAUCGGACGUGGCAUCGGCCUGGGCCACGGUGGUGGUUUCGGUGGUGGUCUCGGCGGUGGCCUCGGAUACGGCGGCGGCCUUGGUGGUGGUGCUGGAAUCGGACACGGAGGCCUUGGAGGCCUUGGUGGUGGACUUGGCGGCCUCGGAGGCGGAUUGGGUGGCGGCUAUGGUGGCGGCUACGGUGGCGCCUACGGUGGCUCUUACGCUGGUUCCUACGCUGGAAACUACGGCGGAGUCCACGGUGGUCACUUCGGUGGACACGGCCUUCUGGGUUGAGAUGUAACUUCACUGCGGAAGACGACUCAAGAAAAAGCAAGCCAAACUGUACAAAACGUAUUUAAAUAAAUAACUUCGAAGCACUA